GCUCCACAACGACUCGUGAAAGGGGUUGUGCAGCUCUUCUCGGCCUGCUGGAUUGCUGCGAUGGUCGAGGACGACUCGUCGGAGCUUGUUGGUCACUGCGGAGGUCACGACGCGGAGGGGCUUCUGCGGUGGUGUCGCGGCGCGGCGGCGUCUGCUCUCGUUCGCGGCGAGGAGAAGCUUGUCGCACUGGUUCACGAAGUAGAGAGCUCGCCGGAGAUGCGCGCGGAGGAGCAACGGUGGUCGGAUUUGCGGGCUCGUCAGGCCUGCACGGAUUUCGCCGAUGGUUGCACGAUGAGGAGAGAGAAAAACGAUGAUGGAGAUGGCGACGACGGGAAAUUUCUCUGCUCCUGGCGUGCGAUUGAAAGAGAGAUUAUAUGGUUGCGGCGUUCGAUCGAGAGAUUCAGCAAGCGAGAG